AGAGAGCGAGAGAGAGAGCGAGAGAGAGACAGUGAGAGAUCAGGAGGGAGAGGAGGCAGUCCAGCGCUAACAUUCCCAAGCAGCACCAGAACAGACUAACUGUAACGCUGUCGUGCAGAAGCUGGAGACGAAGACCGGUGAUCGGCCGUUUCUACCAGAGAGACGAGGAUUUGAAAGUUGAGGAAGACGACGAGACGCCAACAUGUCCCACGCUCUGCUGAGGAGGAACUCCAGCAAACAGGGUUUACAGAACCUGAUGAGGCUGACGGCUCAGAGGAGCAUCGAGGACGCCGAGGAGGUCGAGAGGGAGCGCCGGCGAAGAGCUCGAGAGAGUUUCCGCCGGCGGAACAGCGGCUCGACGCCCGAAGAGUCGUCUGCAGAGAACGAGACGCUGGCAGUGGAGAAGCUGUACAGCGGUGACCUGAAGCCCAGCUGCUCUCCAUCCCUGGAGGAAGACGAGGGCUUCAGCGACUGGACUCAGCGCAGAGAGAGACGGCGGCAGCAGCGCCUGCAGGAGCUCAGCCAGGGAGGCGAGGAAGAGGAGGAAGAGGAGGACGGCAUCAACAAACCCAUCAAGACCACUCAGGCUUCCUUCACGUCCUCCGGUCCGUUCCUGAGACAGCAGCAGCAGCAGGAGGAAGAGGGAGAGGAAGAGGAAGAGGGGUGGGCGAUCCGAGCUGCGAGGGAGAGGAAGGAAAGAGAGGAGGAAGAGGAGAAGAGGAAGCAGGAGAUGAAGUCAGAGGUGGAGAAAAGAAAAGAAGUCAAAGUUUCAUACACGUCCAAGGUUUUCCUUCACCAAGAGCCAAAACACGACACCAAUGGAGCCGCAAGCAACCAGGAAGUGACAUCACACGUCAACAGGACGAGAACAUCCACCAGAACCACGGAGCCGGAGGAGUCGCAGGCCAUCCUGGAGACGGAGCAGCGCCUGGACAAGAUCCGGAGGAGCCUCCAGGCGAAGGAGAGCCAGGAGAUGGAGCAGCUGAGGCAGCGGCAGCUGGAGGCCGAGCAGGAGCUGGAGACGCUGCAGAGGAGGAGGGAGCAGCGGCGCCGCCUCCGCGAGGAAGAGGAGCGCCGCAGGGAGGAAGAGGAGCAGCAGCGUCUGGCCAAAGAGGAGGAGGAGAGGAGGCGGAUGAAGGAGGACAUCGAGAGGAGGAGGAUGGAGGCGGCAGAGAGGAUGAAGAGCCUGAGCACAAGCAGCGUGGAUGGAGACGAGGCCUUCAGUCCCAUCAGCCCCAAAGCGCCAACGCACAAGAUCUCAGAGAGAACGGAGUCCCUGAACCGCUCGCUCAAGAAAAGUAACAGCUUUAAGAAGAUGCAGCCUUUGCUCCUGACAGCGAAGAUCGACGACAAGCUGGAGCAGUACGCGCACGCCGUGGAGAACUCUCAGGAAGCGCGGGCAGUGAAGGCAUCGCUGACUGAUCUGCCCAGUUCACCCGAGGUCGCCUCCAAGAAGAACCUGUUUGAAGCUGGAGAGGCCUGGAACCAGAGCCCCACGAAGCCCCCGACCUGCAAGGACGCUGAGGGUCUGAAGGUGGGUGUAGCCGGCCUCAUCACUCAGUGGGUGAAGGGCCCCUCAGACACCGGCCGACAGCCUCUCUGCAGGCCAGCGGAUGUGAAGCCUGGUGACGUGAUGCAGAAGAAGAACAUGUGGGAGAUCAUAGGAGAUUCAUCGGGGCGGCCGGGACAAGGAGCCAAGGGCUCAGCUGGUGGGAAAAAGUACAAAUUUGUGGUCACUGGUCACGGUAAAUACGAGAAGAUCCCUGUGGACGACGAGAGCGGAGGCGAAUACACAAAUGGAAAGUCUGGUUUAUUUCACACUGAUUACUAAUGUGAUUGCAUCCAUCUUCACCAACAAAACCAUCGCUUCACCAAGAGGACAUCUGACUCUGUAAUAACCCUCAAGUUUUAAAUAUUUGAUCAACAAACUGACAGUAAUUGUUUCAUUUCCAUUUAGAUUUUGUAUUUUUUUUAUUAUGUACAUAUUUGACUGUGAGCUUCAUGUUCACUUUUAAUUUGUAAGUCUCGUAAAUGUUUACAUUUCCAAAUCAUGCACCGCAUUGGAUUCUCUGAUCUGCUCUACAUCUGAAAAUGCUUGUGACAGUUUAAACUAUUGAUGACAUUGAUAAUUCAAAUAAUAAACACUGAGCUGAUCAUGUACCAAAAAUACGUAUAUCACCAAAACCAUAAAAAACGCAAACACCUUUUAUGAUGACAGAUGAGCGACCGUAAACAAUCGUCAUUUCCUGUGUAUGUUUUAGUUUAACUCACUGGUGCCUACAGCUUUAUUUUACGUGUAAUAUGCAUUUAACUAUGAUCUGCUUGUAUGUGUUUUUAUCCCCUUUCUUAAAUAAAUUAAUUUUCUACUGUA